AACCUCUCCGCCGCCACCCUCUUCUUCCCCUCCGGUGAAAACUCCAACUUCAUCGGCUUCCUCCGAUUGUCUUUCGACGGCCCCGACGUCAAGGUCUCUGAAAUUAAAAUCCAAAAGCAAGGUUUCAAGCACCCGUACCAUCGGAUAACGAAGAUAUCGGUGAUCCCCGCUUCAGAGCAGGACGUCAUCAUGGACACUACAGGCGAGAUUGUGGCAGUUGAUGGAUUCUUGAUUGCUGCUACACUGUACUCUGUCAAUUGGUUUAGGGUUGAGUCUAGGGUUUUGGAGGGCGAGGAGGUUAGGAUUUCUGUCCUGCCGAUGGCGAAGCAGGGGUUUGAGAGUUUGGUGGUUGAUGCUCGCCUGAGCCCACAUUUUCCGUGGCAGAGUGUGGUGUUGUUGGAGUCCGGAGAGCUGUGUUGGUUUGAUAUGGAGGAUAAGAGGAGCGGGAAGAUUAGGGCUUGUGUGGGUUUUGGUGGUGGUGAUUGGUUGGGGUGUGAGUUUGGAGGGCAGCCGUGGAUUGUGUAUGUUGCUUGUUCUUCAGUGGCGGUUAGGGUGGAUAUGAGAGUGAAUGAUGGAACUGAACCUAAGAUUUUGGUUCGGGUUGACGGUGAUGAAGAUGAUCGGAUUCUUGCAUUCUGUAGAUCAAAUUUUGAUGAUUUUCAUGUAGCUGCGGUGACAGAGAAAAGACUGAUGCUUUUUGAUGUUAGGCAGCCGUUGGUUCCGAUUUUGAUUUGGGAUCAUGAAUUGAACCGCCCUUCUUAUGUAUCUAUGUUUAGAUUAUCGGAAUUGAGACCGUCUGAAGAGUUCAAACGGGCAUCGGAUUCAGGGUCAGUGAUUUUGGUUGGUUCAUUUUGGAAAGAUGAGUUUAAUGUAUUUAUUUAUGGGCCUAGAGAUGGAGGUGCAAUUAGUUGUGGUUCUAUGCUUUAUGCUUGGGAGCUUCCUUAUUGUUUUCCUUUGUCCUGUCGCCAUUAUGGCUUAGAUGACAGCCUUGCAAAAGAUGAUCUUGCGGCUAGUUUUGAGUGGAAACAGAAGGGGGAUGUGGUUGUGGGGUUCUGGACGGUCCCGAAUGAUCUUCUCAAGGUAGAAUCAGAAGAUGGGGGCUUUGCUUUGAUCAGGCUCAUGCUAUCCGGGAAGCUUGAGAUGCAAAAGUAUCAUGCGUCACGGGAUAAAAUCAGAAGGAAACCAAAUGCUAAAGGAGAAGAAUUGCCAAAAUCUGACAAUUGGUAUGUAUGUUCUGUGGAGCAUACAGGUAAAGCAUCCUCACGACGUCAUCCUUUAAGAAUUGGGCAUCUUUGUGAAUAUAUGAAUGGUAACUUGUCUAGUGAGCUUGUUAUGUGCAAGCCUCAAUUGAGCCACUUAAAUAAAAAAUUUCCAGCUGAUUAUCUCGAGCAACUUAAAGCCAUCAAGCUAGAACCUUCAAAUUAUAUGGUCUCUACAUUUGUAAAUGAUGCCACAGUUCCGACUAGUAUAUUUGAAAUUACAUUAAGGAGAGUAUUGUGCAAUCUAGAAUUGGAUCACUCAUCAAUGGCUUUUUCCAAAUAUUCUCUUAUUUCUAGAAACAAUAAGGAACCUGUGUUCAAUUUGUUAGAGGUUCCUAAACGUUUGCCUCAACAUAGGUCAAUACCUUUCUUUGUGGGCGACCCUUUAAGAAUAAGUGGGAAGCGAUCAAGAAGAGAUUCCCAAGCUCUAGUUGGACCUGUCCUUCCAGUUCCUUUUCUUCUAUUGCUGCAAAGGAUGGAUCAUCAGAAGACAUCUUCUUGCGUAAAUGAAGAACCAAAUGAUGACUUGUUGAUCUCAGAAUGCCAAUCAACCCUUGAGAGCAUCCACCCUGAAAUCUCACUUGCUGAUACUGGCAAUUUUAGUGAUUUUGGCUCUUCUAAUGGGCUACAGAAUGAAAAGUCGUUUUUUGUAUAUGAAAAAUCAGUUAUUUGCAAUGCACCUAGUAGCAAAGGAUCAUGGAAAACGGCAGGAUGUGGGGUAAAAGAAGAGCCGCAGGAAAUUAAGGAUACUAGUUUAGAAACUGAAACUGCAUGUGAAGAUGAGAAAUUCACCACGUUUGUUUGUGGAAUUUCUGACAAGGCAUACCAUUCAUAUUCUGGCAAUGAAGCAGAAGGACUUGAAAUGUUCGAUCAGCUUAACCCAUAUAGGUUGGAUUUUGAUUCACCUUCUGUUGUAUUUCAGCCAAAGGAGAAGGAAAUGUACAAGCGCUUGACUAAACAAAGUUUUAAAUGGUUGGUAGAUUAUAAACCACAUGAAGAAUUCUGCAUUGCAUCGGACACUCCCAAGCCACCUCACUGAUGUCUUAUUUAAACAGUUUCUAUCCUAUUUACAAUAAGUUACUCUAUGUGUCCUAUCCAUCUUACUUGAGAUUUAUGGGGAAGGAAUGGCGCCAGACGAUUAUGGGGAAGGAAUGGCGCCAGACGAGACUAUGGGAUUAUCAGCUUUAUUGAUGAUCCAGCAAUUGUUUAUGAGCUUCUCAAUUCUUGUUCUGCAGAAACCUUCGAGCCUUUUACUUGGUUCUUAGUUACCCUGGGAUAUAGCAGCUUCCAGGUUUCUUCACUAAUGAUUUAAUAUGAAUUUUCUUCAGGCUCUUUUGUGGUGUAACUGAUAUGAUGGGGGCUUUGAGAUCUUCAAGCACAUUUCUUGAUGAACAGAAAGCGCUUAUCAAUUGUCAACUAUUUACAAGAGCCCCGGAUGUGUAUCAGUCUACAAGCUUCUCUGUGGCUAGUUCUUUGAGCACCUUCGUCAUUAAACGGACAACAACAGUGCAUUUCCUUUGGUGAGUUUGAUGACAACAUUUUGUGCAUCUUUCGCGGUCAUUCUGCAAUAAGUCGGAGGCCAUUAGCAAUUUCUCUUUCAACAUGCUUCAGAUUUCCGAUUGUUCAUCUCUCGGUAAGAAGGUGAUAUUUGACUUGUGGAUGGUGUUGCAGUGAGAAGGGAAGAAACUUUGACUUGCUCAAAAGUUUCUCUGGGGUUAGAUGUAACCAACGUGUUUGGUGAAAGAGCCAUUCUUAACAAAAAAAAGAAAAAAAAUGUCUAACUUAUGAGAAUCCUCAUGUUGCAUUUGAUUAUCAAAGUUUACAAUUAUGUGUUCA